GGGUUAAGGCAAUUUGUGCUGGUUAGCGUGGCCGUUUCGUUGAAAAUCAACCAAACGAAAAAAAAUACAAUAAAGAUACUCACAAACGGUUCAGUUACUUCAUCACGUCAGAGGCAGAGUAACAGCUCCAUACUAUAUAUAUUGCCAAUAUGCCGUUGUUCAUAACUCUAAUAAUCGGAUUGGUGCUGAGUACAGUUCACGGCGAUGAUUGCAUACCUCGUAAAUUUGACGAGAAUAGUAUUGUCUGUGUUUGCAAUUCAACUUACUGUGAUUCAGUCGAAAUUGAAGUGCCCGUGAAGGGUGCGUUUCGUAUUUAUACAUCAAGCCAAUCUGGCCAGAGAUUAGAGAGUCAAGAUGGCAAUUUUGAAAAUUGCAUAGAUGAUAGAGGAGCUCUUCGUUUGGAUCCAACGACAAAAUAUCAAACGAUAUGUGGUUUUGGGGGGGCAUUUACGGAUGCAGCGGGCUUGAAUAUCUUGUCCUUGAGUGUGCCGACUCAACAGCAAUUAAUACAAACGUACUUCGGACGCAAUGGUAAUCGCUAUAACUUGGGCCGCGUUCCGAUCGGUGGUUCCGAUUUCUCUACGCGUCCUUAUACAUUAGACGAUAUCCCCGGAGAUACGACACUGGCCAAUUUUUCUCUUGCACCUGAAGACAUAUCAUACAAAAUACCAUACAUGAAAAAAGCACUCGACCUUAAUCCUGACCUGAGAUUCAUUGCAGGAUCAUGGACGGCUCCACCCUGGAUGAAGACAGACAACCAAUAUGUCGGAUUAUUCGGCGAAUUAAAAACUGAAUAUUAUCAAACAUAUGCAGAUUAUCUGAUCAAAUUUUUAGAGACUUACAAGCAAUCGGAAUUACCCAUGUGGGCGAUGAGUACCGGUAAUGAGCCGAUUGAUGGUUUCUUUCAAUUCGUACAAAUUAACAGUAUGGCCUGGACUCCUCAGCAACAGGCUACGUGGUUAGUAAAUAAUUUGGCACCAGCGCUUGCCCAAUCAACAGCAGGUGAUAUAAAAAUUUUAGCUCUCGAUGAUGAGCGAUAUCAGCUACCGUGGUGGAUAGAUAUGAUGUAUGAAACUGAAGAAGUCGAUAGAUACCUAGCCGGUAUCGCCAUUCACUGGUACUCAGAUUCGCUCGCUCCUUCAUCUCUCCUCGAUAAGACUCAUACGAAAUAUCCAGAUAAAUUUAUCAUCAAUACGGAGGCUUCCGUCACUCCACUGCCUUGGGACACAAAACCUGUUAGGUUGGGAUCCUGGCGACGAGCUGAACUAUAUAUUCGCGAUAUUAUUGAGGAUUUGAAUCACUGGGUAUGUGGCUGGGUAGAUUGGAAUCUGGCAUUGGAUAAAGAUGGUGGACCAAACUGGGUACAUAAUCCCGUUGAUUCACCCAUUAUCGUUAAUCCUGAAACUGAUGAAUUUUUCAAACAACCACUGUUUUACUCAAUGGCUCACUUCAGCAAAUUUUUACCACUCGGUUCAACGAGAAUCGAUCUCACUCCUAGUCGUGCAAUUAAAUCUGUGGCAUUCUUAACGCCUAACAAUGAAGUUGUCGUUGUUCUCCAUAAUCCGACAUACAGGAGCAAAGUUAUUACCAUCAAUGAUCCGGACCUGGGAGCAAUGCAAAUUGAAAUGCCCCCGAAGUCAGUGCAAACCGUUAUUUACCAACGCUAAUAAAAUGUAGAUAGCAGAUUGCUAUAUGCAAUAGCUGUGUAUGUUCACUAUCAGAUUAAUAUGACAAGAUAAUCUUCCCUGCGAGAUGUGAUGACACCGCUCCAAGGAUACCAACAACGCUUAAAAGAUAAUGGGAUAGACAAGUUUUCAUGAUGUAGUUCUUCAAUGUUUUAAGAAUAAAUCAAUUGUAAAAAAUAA